AUCAGUUCCGUGUCAACACGGAAAACGGUGGUAUGGAUGAGUGACAGCCGAGCGUUCAACAUAAUACACUCUGGAGACAAGAAGACUCGCUGAAAUGUGUGACAGAGAUGAAGAAUUUGCGAUUGCACUUGCCAGGGUCACUUCUUCUGCUAGGGCUGUGCGUCGUGCAGUGUUAUGGCGGUCAUUCAGUUACUCUUCCAGAGACCUUGUUGUUUGUGUCCACUCUGGAUGGGAGUUUCCAUGCAGUCAGUAAGGUCACCGGAAACAUCAAAUGGACGCUGAAGGAGGACCCAGUGAUCCAGGUGCCGGAAUAUAUUGCCCAGCCAGGAUUCCUGCCAGAUCCUAUUGAUGGCAGCCUAUAUGUUCUUGGGGGAAGGAACAAAGAAGGCUUAAUGAAACUCCCAUUCAGCAUCCCAAAACUGGUUCAGUCAUCACCAUGCCGUGGAUCUGAGGGAGUCCUGUACACAGGAAAGAAACUGGAUACUUGGUUUUUAGUGGAUCCCAAGACAGGCGAGAAACAGACCACCUUAACCACUGAGUCUUCUGACAGCAUUUGCCCAUCAGUCCCACUCCUGUACAUUGGACGUUCAGAGUAUGUAAUCAGUAUGUAUGACACCAAGAGUCGUGAGCUUCUGUGGAAUGUCACCUACAAUGAGUACUCUUCAUUACCGAUUGAAGAUCCUGUAGAGUACAAAAUGGCACACUUUGCCUCAAGUGGUGAUGGCAUACUGGUUACAUUAGACCGAAACACAGGAAAAGUGCUCUGGAGACAAAAUUUUGGUUCACCAGUAGUGAACCUGUACAUUUGGCAACAAGACAGCCUACGCAGGAUCCACCACAUGAAUGUCGCCAUGGAGACGUUGCGAUAUCUGACAUUCCACUCUCAAGAUAUCCAUAUGAUGCAGUGGAGUCACCCUUCUACAAAGGAGCAGACUAGUAGCAGGACACAACUAUUCCCUUCUCUUUAUGUUGGUAAAUUUGCCAGCAGUUUCUAUGCAUCCACUUCUCUUGUCCAUGAAGGAGUAGUCAUGGUGCCACGAGGCCUUAUUCUUGCUCGAAUUGAUGGUCCAACAACUAAAGAGGUAACUGUGCGAGAGAGUGGAGGGUGUGAGAUCACCCCCAGCACAAAUGUCAAAUACCCAGAAGGUAGCUCCACCAGUGUUAUCCACAAUCAUUGGCUUUUGAUAGGUCACCAUGAGCUACCUCCAGUGGCACACACAACAGUCCUGCGUACAUUCCCUGCAGGCAUGAAGAAAGACAGCGAGGUGGUCAUCCCACCAAAGGAAGAAAAAACAAUGUUGGAUGAUUUCCCUGAAUUACAUGACAGCACAGUUCAUAGUCCGUCUGGUGAAGAAGAGAGAUCCUUGCUGCCACUCUCUCAGAGUACUAUUGUCAUUACUGCGUUGAUGACGCUUCUUGCUGGCUGCGGCAUUUUUAUCGUUGCCUAUCCUAAACGAGCCCAGCUUGAUGCCACUCCAGAAGAGCAAGUUCCAUCCAGGAUCAUGAAAGCUACAGAAACAGCAACACAGACCACUCGGAAAAGAUUGUCCAACAACAACUAUCAGGAUAAUUCUUCUGAGAAUGGGAAAAUUCAGCCAGUCAAAAACAGGACAGGUAGCACAGGGAGUGAAGAAAUUGUUGUUGGGAAGAUUUCUUUCAAUGUAAAAGAGGUACUUGGCAGAGGAGCAGGAGGAACCUUUGUGUUCAGGGGGCAAUUUGAUGACCGCCAUGUAGCCAUUAAGCGCAUCCUGCCGGAAACAGUUGGAGUAGCAGAGCGGGAGGUACAGUUGCUUCGAGAAUUAGACCAGCACCCCAAUGUUAUUCGCUACUUCUGUACUGAAAGGGAUGAACAAUUUUAUUAUAUUGCAACAGAGCUCUGUGCAACCACUUUGCAGGAGUACAUUGAAAGUACAAGAAGUGAAGCUUGUGACCUGGACUCUGUCACCAUCCUGCAUCAGACGGCUUCUGGCCUGUGUCACUUACACUCCCUAAAUAUUGUACACAGGGAUCUGAAACCCCGGAACAUAUUGAUUUCCCAGCCCAAUGCUCUUGGAAAGGUGCGGGUGGUCAUUUCUGACUUUGGACUGUGUAAGAAGCUGCCGCCCGGUAGUCACAGUUUUAGCCUGCGCUCAGGAAUUCCAGGAACUGAAGGCUGGAUUGCCCCUGAGAUCCUGCUGGACAAACGUAAGAAUAAUCCUACAUAUGCUGUAGAUAUAUUCUCAGCUGGCUGUGUGUUCUACUAUGUUGUUUCACGAGGCCAUCAUCCUUUUGGAGAAGCACUACAGCGGCAGGCUAACAUCUUGUCUGGCAUCUACAUGCUGGACCAACUGUUGGAUAACCAGCAGGAAGACUUGCUUUCCAGACACUUGAUUGAACAGAUGAUCAGCAGUGACCCUCAGUUGCGACCAUCUAGUGAAGGUGUUCUGAAGCACCCAUUUUUCUGGAGUCGUGCUAAACAGUUGCAGUUUUUUCAGGACGUGAGUGAUCGCAUUGAGAAGGAGCCAUCUGAUGGCCUAUUAGUGGGCCAGCUUGAGUCUGGAGCUAGACGGGUAGUCAGAACCAACUGGAGGAUGUACAUUUCCCCACCACUACAACAAGAUCUGCAGAAGUUUAGGAGUUACAAGGGAAAUUCUGUGCGAGACCUGCUGAGAGCAAUGCGGAAUAAGAAGCAUCAUUUUCUGGAGCUGCCACCAGAUGUACAGGAGACCCUUGGAGAAGUGCCCGAUGGCUUUGUUCACUACUUCACAUCUCGUUUCCCUCAGCUUCUCUUGCAUACAUAUAAGGCUUUAGGAACUUGUGCCUCAGAGAGCCUUUUUCACCCUUACUAUCCACCUUAAUGAGUUAGAGAUGCAAGACUAGACUUUUAUACAAUUUUUAACUGAGAAAAUGCUUUUUUUCUUUUUAAAAAUAUCAAUGAUAGGCCAAAUUAACUGUGUGCUGUAAAUAUGUGUAUUAAAGUUGUGAAUAAACCA